AUGCGGGAUAAGCAAGAGCGUGUGAAAGAAAAGUGUGACAAGAGGCGUGGUGCUGAACGUGUGUUUCGUGUUGGUGACCGCGUCUACGUGAAAACUGUGCGCGGCGAACAUGUGUCGUGGCAAGAGGCAGUGGUGACUCAAGUGGUCAGUGCGGUGACGUAUGUGGUGAAAGUGCACAACCAGUUUCGGUUUGUACAUGCCGAUCACCUGCGGCCUUCACAUGCCGACACAUCUACGAGAGCGUACGACGUGGAAAGACCUGAACAACGAAUCGGUCCAGCGGAGCCAGCGCCUUCCACACCUCCCGUGCCUUCGGACACGGACCACGAGACCGCAGCCCUUUCGCAACCGGUUCCACGUCCGUCAGAAAGUGAACCGAACGACCAUGCAGCUGUGGAACCCCCCACGGCUCUAGAGGCUCCCGCACACCCCGAAGUGACUUCACCUCCCACUACGGUGCCCAGUUCGCCUAAGAGUACGGACAACCAAGCACCUCGUCGUAGCACGAGGGUGCGGAAGCCACCAGACCGUUUCGAACACGAGGACUUCCGCAAGUGA